GUGGAUGGAGAUGGCUCUCCACGUCAGCCUACGUCUCCAAAUUUCUGUUUAGCGAACCUGCUUCAAAGAGGCAAGAGGCACGGCGCUUCAGAGCCAUGUUCAGGGCGGCUAUAGAGGAAUCAACCCCCAACAUAGAGUUGUAGUAGGUGGUGAGCGACCAUGAUGGAUUUUGACGAGAGGGUCCCCGUCGGAUCGAACAUGUAUCUGCCCAGUUGCACUUAUUACGUGUCGGCGGGGGCUGAUUUCUCCGGUCUUCCCUCGUUUUUGUCCCAGAGUCCGUCCACCCGCCCCAUGACAUACUCUUACUCGUCUAACCUGCCGCAGGUCCAGCCCGUCAGAGAAGUGACUUUCAGGGACUAUGCAGCCAUUGACCCGUCCGGUAAAUGGCCGCACCGGGGGAGCUUGCCUCAGUGCUACCCCAGCGCAGAGGACAUGGUGCACCGGGACUGUUUGUCGGCGCAAACCGCCGUCGUAGGGGACAUGUUCGGUAAGAACAGCCCCGCAGCAGCCGCCGCCGCCGCGUACCACCACCACCACCACCACCACCAUGCGAGCGCCGGGUCCGCCGCGUCCAAUUUCUACGGGAACGUGGGCAGGAAUGGCGUGCUGCCACAAGCCUUCGAUCAGUUUUACGAGACGGCGUACGGGAACGCGUCGGAGAGCUCCUCCACGACCGGCUACUCGGGGGACAAAUCGGCCACCAAGCAGCCCAGCUCUGCGCCGGAGGACGCGCCGUCGUGCCGGGACGCCGAAGCGAAGGAGCCCCGGGAGGAGACGAGCAGCCCGGAGUUAUCUUCCGGCAACAAUGAGGAGAAAUCCAGCAGCGGCAGUGGACAGAGAACCCGCAAGAAGAGGUGCCCUUAUUCCAAAUACCAGAUCAGAGAACUUGAACGAGAAUUCUUUUUCAGUGUGUACAUCAACAAGGAGAAGCGCCUGCAACUGUCUCGGAUGCUCAACCUCACCGACCGACAAGUGAAAAUCUGGUUCCAGAAUCGUCGCAUGAAGGAGAAGAAACUGAACAGAGAUCGAUUACAGUAUUACACGUCCAACCCUCUGCUUUAGCUCGACGGAGCAAUUGUCCCGUGCUCCAAAAAAAAAAAGAAGAAGAAAGAAACAGUCCUCCGCUGUGGGACUGACUGCGUUUACAGACUGACUCUCCGGGGCUGUGACUGUCCCUGUGUACAUUGUGUUCCACGAUGGCCGCUACGGCAGCAGCGGCAGCACUGCUCAAUGGUUAAUUUCAAGUUCGAGGACAACAGUAUCCUGUGAUCUGAAGAACCAAAAGAAUGAGCAUGAAUUGACACUGUGCGGACUUUGUAUCGAUUCCGCUGACUCUCUUUUUUUGGGGGGGGGUGGUGUCGAAACGGGAUUAUUGUCCUCGCCAAGACUGUGCGUGCGAAGGCCCCAUGUCAACGUUAGUGUGACUCUCAGACGCCGUGUCUAAUUCUCCCUCCACGCCGGCGACGAAUCAUUUUAGCAGUCUAAUCGACUCGCCCAGUGUAUUUUGUAAUCAAAUGAUUUAUUUUUCCCCUCCUGUUUUUUUUUUUUUUUAAAUCAGAAAAAAAAACAAAACAACUGGUAGAUUUUUCAGGAUGAUGGCGAACAAGUGACUUUGAUAACUGAAUCUAUAUUGGUGUGACCAAAUGAUGAGUCCGAACCGGAUGAGAAUGUUAUGUGUUUCUGUUUUUUUUUGUUUUUUUGUCUGCUUAUUUAUUUUGUAGCCACUUCGUUUACUAUCACGUUUAAUGCCACGGCUUAUACCAAUGUCCGCUGAUACGGAGAUGAGGCCCUGCGGGGGUUCGUGUUGAGUUUGGGCUGACCUCAAAACAAGCUUCUUUUUUGGUCAUCUUUUCUAUAACCUGCAGAGUGAAGACUGAAGUAUUUAUAUUUUUGACUAUCUUUCAAUAUCCAAAUCCAUAUUUUUCUUUUUCUUCUUCUUUGAUUUGGGGAGACUAUCAGGCGAGUUUAUUGAUAAUGCAGGCCAAACCAGAGAGAUAAGCUUGUCCACUGGAUCCGUGUGGAGUUGCACUGAGGUACACGCCCAACACAUUCACACAGGUAUACAGCCUCUAUGCAGCGGAGCCUCCUCGGUCUGAUACUGAUGCGGAAUAGCAGAAUAUUUUUCUCUCAUGACUCCUGAUCCUUUGGUACUUGCAGUCUAAGAAAAAAAAAAGAAUCUACAUUUUUAAAACUUAGCAGUCAGGGCAAAGCUGGUCAGGGUCAUCUCAUUGAAUCAACUACUUGGUAUGCCCCCCAAAAAACCCUAUUGUGUAUUAUACUCUAUUUCCAAAUAAAAACGACAAAUGAAAUUAUUAUUAAAAAAAAGAAAUACA